UGUUUGUUUGUAUUGAAAUUAGAAAACGCAAUUUUAAUUGAUUUAUAAUUGUGUAUUUCCUAAUUAAUAGAAGAAUAUAUUACAAUUGAAGUUAAUUGAAAGUUGAAAUAACAUUGAGAUGGAUUCCAAAAAUUCAGCGCAGUCAAAUCCCAGCCUAAGUCAAUAUUUCGCCGAUGAUCCACCAAGCUUUUUUGAUGAAUUGGCAAACAGCAGUACACACAAGGAUAGUGUUGACAACGCUACCGGGCCAGCACCAGUAGCACCGCCCCGUACAAAUCAAAAACCUCAACCGGCGCCCAGCAAUUUGACAGCGAAUACUUUUAGUGGUGCUUUUAAAGCUCCGGAAUAUGUAGAAAAUGCUCUAGACGGUGAAGACGAUCUCAAAGUUACGGAGUACGUACGAAAUUUCUGGGAGCCAGCAACUUGUGAACACGGUAGUAUGCGGCCUCCAUUACUAACUACACCAGGCAUACAGACGCCAAAUGAUCUGCCGGACUUAAUUGCUGAGGCAGUGUUGAAACAUUUAGGCGAAACGGAGUUGUCGCAACGAAAUAUACUCGGCAUAGACAAUGUUACACAAGAUGAGCGCGGUUUGCGCACAUUAAUAAGUGCUGGUUGCUACCGUUCGGCUGUAAACCUAACCGGACGUUUGUUGACAAUCUAUGGACAAGGUUAUGGACGAGCAGGUCAGCCUGCUAAACAUUCACCACACUCACUGCAGUUGUGGUUCACGCGCUUAGCACUUUUAGCCAAAUUGGGUGAAUUCGAGCUACUGCAGGCAGAAGCAGAGCCAUUCGAUCAACUCAAUCGACCAGAUGUCUACUAUGAGUUCUAUCCAGAAAUGUAUAACGGCAAAACUGGUUCAAUAGCUUGUUUCUCAUUUCGUUUACUACUUGCUGAGUUGCCCAUUUAUUUGAAUAAUCCACACUUGGGGUUAGAUCGACUCUCAGAACUUUAUGUGAUUUGUAAUGAAAUACGAAAAUAUUUCGUCGGACGAGAGCCUAAAGAAGCUGAACAAUUUUGGUGGCGCCGAGAGAUGCGUGUACUACAUUCCAUAGUCAACUGCGCUUUAAUAAUGAAAAAGUUCAAUUUGAUUGAUGACAUCAUACGCGGCAUGAUAUUAGAAAAGAACGAUUUGAGCAAAGAAGAACGUCGAGCAUUGUAUUCCGCGUGGGGACGUAUUUAUUUGCAAAUUGGUGACAUAUUUGGCGCUGAACAAAAAUUUGCUGAGGCGCGUCGCAUGCGCGAAAUCAACUCCACAGCCGAUUUGCGUGACUUGGUAGACAAAGGUCUAAUUACUGUAGCCGAAAAUGAUUUUCGUGGCGCCUAUGCUAUUUUCCAAAAGGCCUUACAUUUAGAAUCCGGCAACACAAUGAUACUAAACAACAUGGGCGUUUGCCUGCUAUACGAAGGAAAACUAAAAGAAGCUAUUAAACUAUUUGAACAUGCAAUCAAUUUGAAUCCGCAAAAAUCGCUAAACGAGAGCUUAUUAGUAAAUUUAUCCACACUUUAUGAAUUGGAGUCGAAUAAUUCAAAGCAUAAAAAACUAAAUUUACUACGGCUUAUCAAUAAAUAUAAGCCUGAUUUAAAUAUGGAUUUAAAGAUUUGCUUGAAAUUGGAAUCUGUAAAUUGAUAUGAAGCAUUUGGCAAUUAAAAUGCGUAUAUUUAUAUAGAGUAAAAAAUAUAUAACAGUAAAAAAGACACAAAAAAUGAAAAAAGUAUUUAUGCGGCUUAAGAAAUGUUUUUUUU